AUGCAACAUCCUCUGACGGGGGCAACCUGCGUAGCACUCCCGAAUGUUGGUAUGUGUCCCCAGCUGUCCUGUGCCUUGACUUUUAUGUAUUUACAGCAGGGUAAUCAGGAAGCCACAGCACCUCCUGACACAAUGGCACAGCCUUACGCGUCGGCUCAGUUUGCUCCUCCUCAGAACGGCAUCCCAGCAGAGUACCCUACCCCCCACCCUCAUCCGACUCCAGACUACACAGGCCAAACCACAGUCCCAGAGCACACGUUAAAUAUGUAUCCGCCUGCGCAGACGCAUUCCGAACCAAACACAAGCGACACAAAUGCACAAACUGUCUCGGGCACAGCCACACAGACAGACGAUGCAGCACAGACUGACGGACAGCAACAGACACAAUCAUCUGAAAACACAGAAAACAAAUCACAGCCGAAACGGCUGCAUGUCUCAAAUAUACCAUUCAGAUUUCGGGAUCCAGAUCUCAGACAAAUGUUUGGGCAAUUUGGUAAAAUCUUAGAUGUUGAAAUUAUUUUUAAUGAGCGAGGCUCAAAGGGAUUUGGUUUCGUUACUUUCGAAAAUAGUGCUGAUGCAGAAAGGGCGAGGGAGAAAUUACACGGCACUGUGGUAGAGGGCCGUAAAAUCGAGGUAAAUAAUGCGACAGCUCGAGUAAUGACAAAUAAGAAAACAGUCAACCCUUAUACAAAUGGUUGGAAAUUAAAUCCAGUGGUUGGUGCAGUCUAUAGCCCAGAAUUCUAUGCAGGCAGGGUGCUGCUGUGCCAGGCAAACCAGGAGGGAUCUCCCAUGUACAGUGCCCCCAGUUCACUAGUAUACACAUCCACAAUGCCAGGCUUCCCUUACCCUGCCGCCACCACUGCCGCCGCAUAUAGAGGAGCACACCUCAGAGGCAGAGGUCGCACUGUCUACAACACGUUUCGCGCUGCGGCUCCUCCUCCUCCAAUCCCGGCUUAUGGCGGUGUUGUUUACCAGGAUGGAUUUUAUGGUGCAGACAUUUAUGGUGGUUAUGCUGCAUACCGGUAUGCCCAGCCUACCACAGCAACCGCAGCUGCCUACAGUGACAGUUACGGACGACUUUAUGCUGCAGACCCCUACCACCACACACUUGCUCCCGCAACCACCUACGGCGUUGGUGCCGUGAAUGCUUUUGCACCCUUGACUGAUGGCAAGACUAGGAGCCAUGCUGAUGAUGUCGGUCUCGUUCUUUCUUCAUUGCAGGCUAGUAUAUAUCGAGGGGGAUACAGCCGUUUUGCUCCAUACUAAAUGACAAAACCAUAAAAAUCCUUCCAAUGUGGGGGGAAAAAAAGGAAGCUUUCCGAGGCCUGGGUAUUGCAA